GGGAAUUAAAAUUGGCCCGUGUUGCCUCGGUUGCACCUCUGUAAAUCCUGUUAGCACUUGGCCGCAAACGCCUCAUGAGUGCACACCUCCUCUACGUGAUUGCGUAAAUCUGUCCAGCUCGGUGAUUGGCUGUCAUGACGACCGUCGCCCCUUCCAUUGGCUGCGAACCGAAACCAGUAAACGGGAAGCAAAAAAAAAAAAAAAAAAUCUUGUCAAGUGAAGUGCACGUAGCUAAGCUUUUGCCUCACCUUUGUGGCGUUCCCCGGCCUAACUUUGCGUCCAUAAAACUGGUAGUAUUUGGAACAUUAUUGAGAGGGCAAAAUGGGGUGCUUCUUCUCCAAGAAAUCCAAAAGGAAGUCUUCAGAAAAGGACGAACGUACUCCGACAACAACGACUGUCGAAACUACUGGUAACGCGGUUCCCCUUGGCAACAACACCGACGAGGCUCCGAAGCAGUACAGCUGGGAUAAGAGAGAGAAGGCUGACCCCAAGGACUACACAUUGAAAGGGCUCAAAGACGUUACGGUGGGUCGCCUUCCUGGCAAACUGAACGGGCAACAGUUUGUCAUUGAAGAGUGCGAGAACUGCAACAUCUACGUGUUCGACCACUCGGCCACUAUCACCAUUGAUGACUGUGUCAACUGUCGUAUUUUUCUGGGACCCGUCAAAGGCAGCGUGUUUUUCAGAGACUGCAAAGACAUCAAGUGUGUGGUGGCUUGUCAGCAGUUUCGCACGCGGGACUGCAAAAAGAUGGAGGUGUUCUUGUGCUGCGCCACUCAGCCCAUCAUAGAGUCUUCCACGGGUAUGAAGUUUGGCUGCUUCCAGUACUACUACCCAGAGCUGGCUUUCCACUUCAAGGAUGCUGGACUUAGCAUAUUCAACAACAACUGGAGUAACAUCCAUGACUUCACGCCAGUGUCUGGAGAGAACAACUGGAGCUUGUUGCCAGAGACCUCAGCGGUGCUGGAUUUUGUUCCAACACCGGACCCCGAGUCUGAGUUCAAGUCGAUUCGAGUAGCCGCGGACCCCGCACGCAGCAUUGUGCCUUUGACGAAGGGAGGGAGGCGUAAGGAUAGCGAAGAGUCUUGCCUCUUUGUUUUCUUCGCUGGGGAGUACACCACUGCAAAUGCACGCAAAUUAAUCGAUGAGGCGGCCGCUAAAGGUUUUGUACUCGUCCAAACAAAAGAAGUCUCAAUGCGACCUGAAGAUGUGAACAGGGUGUUUCAGAAUACUGCAGACGACCUUGCGGAGUGGAUCACUAAAGGUCCUGUCAUUGCACUCGAGUUGAACGGUGACGGAGUCGUGGAAGCCUGCAGGAACAUUGCCAACGAAGUGUUCAGUGGGACCAAGGUUUUUGUCUCCGAUAACAAAAACACUUCCUCUCGAGACGUGGACAGCUUCUUCAACUUCGCUGACAUGCAGAUGGGUUUGUAAAUGGUUAUGUAUCAAAACAAACUGCCUGAAUUGAUUGAGAUUUUUCUACUGCCCCACCACCACCGCCGCCGCCCCCGCCCCCGCCAUCCAGCUCAGGCUGAAUUCAUGUACCGAUUGUUUGCCUCUUUUUGUCAUUAAAAGAUGGAUAGAAGGGAAGCGUUAAGGACCAUAUUUUAUGAAGCCUUCGAUAGACAAGUUCACUUCUAAUGAAUGAAUCCGCAGACUAAGAGUCAUCCCUUGAAAUUCAGCUGUAAACCACUCAUUAGUUGCUAACAGUGCUGUGAAUAUUUAUAUUUCUAUGAAUGUAUUUGGUAAUUCUGUCACUCUUGUGAAUGUAGCUACUGGCUGUAACUGUAUUUCUCUUUUUAUUUAAUGUGUUGCUUUUUGUCACUGUCCGAAUUACUAUGGAAAAAUACGAGCACAAGAAUGCCUGAGGGAAAUUGUUUUAUAUUUUUGUUUCUUUUGAGGAUUUAUUUGUGUAUGUGGUUUAGAUGAUUGACAUGUAUCCUUUUUAAAUGUGUAUAUUUGAAACAUUCUGUGUAGGUGAUGACUACAUGUUUAAGGAUAUUUGUUAGGCCAAAGCUGGUUUGUGAACAUUUGUGUGGGUCACAACUGAUCCGUCCACACUGAAUUGUGUGAACGUGUAUAAUGGCUGGAUUUUUGAUGUAGGCAACUCAUGAUCAUUUUUUUUUAAAGAUUUAUAAAAUUUGUUUUGUACUCUACUUAAUGUUUUUGUAUAGAAACAACUUAACGUCCAUUCUAAUUUUUAGUAAAAGUUUCAUUAUGUGUGACAUCAUUUUGUGCUUUAAGAAAGCUGCAUGAAGUUCGAUGAAGGCUGGCAAACGUGAGCCAACAACAGUUUAUAAUUAUGAUAUAGUAAAUGAAUGAGUUGAAAUAGUUUCUGUGGACACUGCCAUCAGAACAAUGUACAUGCACAGAAACCAUGUUAGAUGAGAAACAGACAGGGAAGUGUCCUGGUUCCUCUUUGUAACCUGAUCAGCUCUUCUCUAAAGAGCUCUCGAAGUUGAAAUGGAGUGAUUUUAUUUCAUUUUUAGGGGAAGCUGUGAAUUGAGGCGCACCUCUUUGACCAUGCAUAUCAUUCAUGUAUUGUUUUCUUGGCGUUUUAGAGACCUCAUUAUACACUCAUUCCAGACUGAAUCAUUGUUGUCUUUCUCGGUGGAUCACAGUUUGCAGCUUUCAUUUCAGUAAUUUCCACUUCCACCUAUGUAAACAGCAUCAAAUUUCUAAAUAUUAAAUGUUCCAGUCAAUGGCAAACAGCCCAACCUCACUCAGCCAGGCUUAUCAUUAAUUCAUCACUGAUUAAAUGCCUGAUAUAUCAAACAGUUUUGUACAGUUGCCUUUAUAAAAGGAAUAUAUAUAUAUAUCAGUAGGGACUUCAUGUGAUGUACUUUUGUAUUGGUAAACAUUUUGUACUGGAGCAUAAUGUUUUUGUAGAGCAUUUUGUCUUAUGAAUGCACGUGUAACUUUUUUGUGUAAACGACAUCGUGUCUUUAUGAAAUUCAGAGUAACAUUAAAAGCCGCAGAAUCACA